AUGAUUGUGCUUUUGGUCGUUCUCUGUAUCGCGGAUGGAGUGCUCGCUCAGAUACGCUACUCUGUCCCGGAGGAGGCGGACCAUGGCACCUUGGUGGGGAAUAUCGCCGAGGAUCUGGGGCUGGACCUCACCAAGUUGGCCUCUCGCCGCUUCCAAGUGGUGCCCAGCUCCCGGACACCGUACCUGGAGGUGAACCUGGAGAACGGCGUCCUGUUCGUUAACGAGAAAAUUGACCGGGAGCAGAUCUGCAAGCAGAGCGCCAGCUGCCAGCUCAACAUGGAGGUGUUCUUGGAGAACCCGCUGGAGCUGUUUCGGGUCGAAAUCGAGGUGGUGGACAUUAACGACAACCCGCCCAGCUUCCCGGAAACAGACAUCACGGUGGAGAUCUCGGAGAGCGCCACACCGGGCACCCGGUUCCCUUUGGAGAGCGCGUUCGAUCCGGACGUGGGCUCGAACGCUUUACGCACGUAUGAUAUCACCACGAACAACUACUUUUAUCUGGACGUGCAGACCCAAACGGACGGAAACAAAUUCGCGGAGCUCGUCUUGGAGAAGCCGCUGGACCGGGAGCAGCAGGCGGCGCACAGGUACGUUCUGACCGCGGUGGACGGCGGCCAGCCUCCCCGGACUGGCACCGCGCUGCUUGUGGUCAAAGUGUUGGACUCCAACGACAACGUGCCGGUGUUUGACCAGCCCGUUUACACCGUGAGCCUCUCGGAAAACGCACCGGUGGGCACGCUGGUCAUACAACUUAACGCCACCGACCUGGACGAGGGACUAAACGGGGAAAUAGUUUAUUCGUUCAGCAACCACAUCUCCAACCGCGUAAAGGACCUGUUCAGCAUCGACCCGCGCACGGGCCGCAUCGAAGUGCGCGGAGAGGUGGAUUUCGAGGAGAGCAGCCUGUAUCAAAUCUUCGUCCAGGCCAAAGAUCUGGGGCCAAACGCUGUGCCCGCGCACUGCAAAGUGCUGGUCAAAGUGAGCGACGUGAACGACAACGCACCGGAGAUCACCUUCAGCACCGUCAAAGAGUCGGUGAGUGAAAAAGCGGCUCCUGGUACCGUCAUCGCGCUGCUAAGUGUGACGGACCGGGACGCAGAGGAGAACGGACAGAUCCACGUGGAAAUCCUCGGUGAUGUCCCGUUUAAAUUAAAGUCCUCCUUUAGGAAUUACUUCACCAUCGUGACCGACGGCCCGCUGAACCGGGAGCAGGCGGACUCGUACUCUGUGACCGUGGUGGCGCGCGAUAAAGGAACGCCGUCACUGGCCACCAGUAAAUCUAUUCGAGUCCAGGUGUCGGAUGAGAACGACAACGCGCCCACAUUUACGCAGCCCAUGUACGACGUGUACGUGACAGAGAACAAUGUGCCAGGAGCGUACAUACACGCUGUGACCGCUCUGGACCCGGACAUCGGGCAGAACGCGCUCAUCAGCUACUCCAUACUAGAGUGCGACAUCCAGGGCAUGUCCGUCAAAACCUACGUGUCCAUCAACGAGGAGACAGGAUAUCUGUAUGCACUCAGGUCCUUUGAUUAUGAGCAGCUGAAGGAUUUCACUUUCAUGGUGCAGGCCAAAGACGCAGGUACCCCAGAGCUUUUCUCCAAUGCCACUGUCAAAGUCAUCAUUGUGGACCAGAAUGAUAAUGCCCCCCUGGUGCUGUCUCCUCUGGGGAAGAAUGGCACAGCCAAGGAGCCUCUGCCCCGCUCAGCUGAGCCAGGCUACCUGGUGACCCGCAUUGUGGCCAUGGAUGCAGAUGAUGGAGAGAAUGCUCGCUUGUCCUACAGCAUCCAGAGAGGGAAUGAAAACGGCAUGUUCAGGAUGGACUGGAGGACGGGUGAGCUGAGAACGGCGAGGCGGGUCUCAGCCAAGCGAGACCCCCACCAGCUGUACGACCUGCUGGUGGAGGUGAGAGACCACGGCCAGCCACCGCUGUCCUCCAGCGCCAGUGUGCUGGUGAUGCUGGUGGACAGCGUGGCCGAGGGCCGUGGCAGCGGGGACAGAGGCGGCACCACCAAGGCCAAAGACGGCACCCUGGACCUCACCCUCAUCCUGAUUAUCGCCCUGGGCUCCGUCUCCUUCAUUUUCCUGCUGGUCAUGAUUGUCCUGGCUGUGCGUUGCCAAAAGGACAAAAAGCUCAACAUUUACACCUGCCUGACCAGUGACUGCUGUCUGGGCUGCAGCUCCUGCUGCUCACGGCAGGGCCGGGCCCGCAAGAAAAAGCUCAGCAAGUCGGAUAUCAUGCUGGUACAAAGCGCUGUUAACGUCAGUGGGGCUGGCACAGCUCAGGUCCCCGUGGAGGAGUCGGGGAGCUUCGGCUCCCACCACCAAAACCAGAACUAUUGCUACCAGGUAUGUCUGACUCCAGAGUCUGCCAAAACCGACCUCAUGUUCCUAAAGCCGUGUAGCCCGUCUAGGAGCACAGACACCGAUCACAACCCGUGCGGGGCCAUAGUGACAGGGUACACAGACCAGCAGCCUGACAUCAUAUCAAACGGCAGCAUUUUAUCAAAUGAGACCAAACACCAGCGAGCUGAACUCAGCUACCUCGUUGACAGGCCGAGACGUGUCAACAGCUCGGCCUUCCAGGAGGCGGACCUGGUCAGCUCCAAAGACAGCGGCCACGGGGACAGCGAGCAGGGAGACAGCGACCACGACGCCACCAAUCGUGGACACUCCUCUGGUGCGGAUUUGUUCUCCAACUGCACGGAGGAGUGUAAGGCCCUGGGCCACUCCGACCGCUGCUGGAUGCCGAGCUUCAUGCCCUCCGACGGGCGCCAGGGCCCAGACUACCGCAGCAACCUCCACGUGCCCGGCAUGGACUCAGUCCCAGACACAGAGGUAUUUGAAAACCCCGAGCAAACGGCCGAUAGGUCAUUCUCCACCUUUGGCAAAGAGACGCUUCUCAGUCACCAACACCUCCACCUCCACCACAACCACCAUCACCUCUACCACCACCACCACCACCUCCACCACGGCUCCCUAGAGAGGAAAGAGUUGGAAGCAUUUCUGCCGAGCUCCAGAGCUCCUUAUAAGCCAGCUUACUUAACGAGGAAAAGGGUUUGCUAGCUCCUUUCGCAUGGACAUACCGGAGACUGCGUGACUUUGCACAAUCACUCCCUGAACAACCCGAGGCUGUAAAAAAAUAGGAAAAAAAAGAAAAAGAAGAAGAAGAAAAAAGAAAAGCAUCAAGUUUUCCACCCAUGGUGUCCUCCCCUGCCCUCAUCCCUCCUCACCCAACGAAAAUGAAAAACACAAAAAACAAAAAAACAGAAUUACACUUA